AUGUCUUGUGGCGAGAGGCGAGUCUUCAGUGGAAAGCCGAACAAGGACGAACUUCCUCCAAUUACUUCACUCUCAACAAAGCCGACAGCACACCGCGAAUAUAAUGUGUUUUACUUGACGACUUCGAGCUCACAACGUCUCUUACUGAAAGUCGACGACUCUCCUGAACUCCCUCGUAAGCACAUCGACCAUGACCACAAUGCGACACAACCAGCACCACACUCAAAGUCUGAGAAACAACAAAUUGUUCAACAAGAACGACCAGCUUACCACACACUCAUGAAACUGAAACUCCCCCAGUACCCAAUCAAAACCACUGCGACAAAAAGGAAGGAAGCACUCUUUGCAUUGCGAGAAAUGCAACUCGCUGCUCUAAAAACGGCUCGCACAGAACAGGUUUCUACUCACGAGAAGUAG